AUGCGAGGAAGCCCAGGGGCGGCAUGUGACUGUGACCGGGUUCCCACGAUGGUUGGUUGGGGAUCAGUUGGCGGAGUUGCCCUUGUCCACUUCACGGAUUGGAGGCUGAUCCUGGAUUGUGUCCCCUACAUCAACGGCAAAUUCAAGGACAACUAGAGUAAACUCUGGCACAGAAUUGUAAGUGAACAUAAAGCAACUGAACAAUCCUUUCCGGCCUGUAGUUGUAGGCUAUUGAGUGACCAACAAAUGGCACUG